AUGUCACGCUUCCAUUCAAUAAAUGGAGUCUCUGUGGAAGCUUGCAUAUUUGUUGGCACUGGCUCCUGUAACUCUGGUUUUGAGUGUUGUAGCUGUGACAUUUGGUUCCACAUUUCGAGCUUUAACUAUGGAAAAGAAAUGGAGCGAAACUGUGAUUUUUCAAAAGCAUCCAUUAUUUUAGAUAAUAACCAAGCACUAAUGAGCUGUUGCUGCCUGCUUUUGAUGUUCUACUUAUUCUCCUUUGUCUCACAACGCCUCACUGCAUUCACUGCACAACACCUCGCUGAUGACAAACUUUUAAGAUUUUGUAAAUUGUAUUGUGUUGGUUAUGCAAUCCCUUCCUUCUAUACUUUUGCACCACUGCUAGGCUCCAGCGACCAAGGCUCUUCGUCGUCUUCGAUCAAGCUCAGCACCACCACCGUCGUCUUCGACCAAGGACUCUUCGUCGUCUUCGACCAAAGACUCAGCACCACCACCGCCACAACUCCAGCGAUUAGGCUCCAGUCCAAGGAUCUUCGACUGUAA